AAUCUCCAUAAACAGUUUGUCGUGCCAUUACAAGAGGAGUCGAAAGAAGACGUUGCUGAAGACGUCGACGAUGAUGCGGAGCCGUCGACGGAUCCGAACGCGUUUCCUGAAAAUGAACGAAAAAUGUAUGAAAAGCUGUGCAGAAAAGCAGUCGGACUCAGUCCGAAAGUUGCAGCGAAACUCUACUGUCGUUACUUCCACAACCAAAACCCGUUCCUUCGGAUCGGGCCUGUGAAAAUGGAAGAGGCCUAUUUGAAGCCUAGGAUCGUUGUCUUCCAUGAAAUCAUGUUCGACUCUGAGAUCUCUGUGAUCAAGGACUUGGCUGUGUCCAGGUUGAGGAGAGCGACGGUCCAAGACUAUGUGACCGGAGACUUGAAACCUGCCGAAUACAGGAUCAGCAAAUCUGCUUGGUUGAAAACUGAGGAACAUCCGCUUCUCCGUCGGUUUGUGAAUCGGAUUGGACAG